AUGAAGAGUGAUCAGUCCAUGAGUAAUCUACCAUCUGCAUCUAGUGAAGCAACCAUGACCUCUGAACCCAGCAUCAGCAGGAGGAAUAGACUGAGAUCAGAGUCUACAGAACCUAGCUGUGUGUCUCUGAGGAGUAACAGAUCUAGGACUCCACCACCUGCAUUCAGUGACAAUCCUUUCCAGGAAGAAACACAUGAGCUGACCAGAUCUGUGCUGUCUUCUUUAACCCAUUCUCAGACUCAUGUCAGACAGGACAUAACUGAAGCAGUCCUGCAGACACACACACUGGAUACUGAAGACCUGCAGAGAGUCAAAGACCAACACAAAACCAGCAUGAAGAUCAAGUAUGAGAGAUUAUUUGAGGGAAUCAAACUCCAAGACAAUGAAACACUCCUGAACAGGAUCUACACACAGCUCUACAUCAUAGAGGGAGAGAGAGAAGGAGUGAAUAAAGAACAUGAGGUUUUACAGAUGGAGAAAACAGCCAGAACACAACACUCACAAGACACUCCAAUCUACUGCAAUGACAUCUUUAAAGCCUCACCUGAACCAGGAUGUGAGGAGAAAGACCAAAUCAAGACUGUUCUUACUAAAGGAAUCGCUGGAAUCGGAAAAACAGUCUCUGUACAGAAGUUCAUUCUGGACUGGGCCGAGGGAAAAGCCAAUCAGGAUGUAGAUUUCAUGUUUGUAUUUCCAUUUCGAGAGCUGAACUUGAUCCGAGAUCAUCAGUACAGUCUUCACAGACUUCUGCUGGACUUUCAUCCUGAACUUCAAGAUCUGGACUCAAAGAUUUAUGAGGAGUGUAAAGUUGUGUUCAUCUUUGAUGGUCUGGAUGAAAGCAGGAUCACACUGAUGUUUUCAGAUGCUCAGAAAGUUUCUGAUGUGACUGAGACUUCAUCAGUGGGUGUGUUGAUGUCAAACCUCAUGAAAGGAGAGCUGCUUCCCUCUUCUCUCAUCUGGAUCACCUCCAGACCAGCAGCAGCCAAUCAGAUCCCCAUCAAAUACAUCAACCGUCUGACUGAGAUUCAGGGAUUCAGUGAGCCUCAGAAGGAGGAAUAUUUCAGGAAGAGAAUCAGUGACGAGCAUCAAGCCAGCAGAAUCAUCUCACACAUCAGAAGAACAAGAAGCCUCCACAUCAUGUGCCACAUACCCGUCUUCUGCUGGAUCUCAUCCACUGUGUUUCAAAAGCUCUUGAAAGAAGAUCUGAGUGCAGAAAUCCCUCAAACUCUGACUGAAAUGUACAUCCACUUCCUGCUGAUUCAGAUCAACAUGAGUAAUCAGAAGUACGAAGAGAGAGUUCCAGAGAAACUCCUGCAGUCCAACAGAGAAGUGAUUGUGAAACUUGCUGAAGUGGCUUUCAAACAGCUGAUGAAGGGCAAUGUGAUGUUCUAUGAGGAGGACCUGAGAGAGAGCGGUAUAGACGUCACUGAAGCAUCAGUGUAUUCUGGGAUUUGCACUGAGAUCUUUAAGGAGGAAUCUGUGAUUCAUGAGAGGAAAGUCUACAGCUUCAUUCAUCUGAGCAUUCAGGAGUUUCUCGCUGCUUUCUAUGCAUUUUACUCUUACGUAAUCAAAACAAUUGACACAUUGCAGCUUUGUGAUGUGGUGCAUAAUCUGCAUAGGGACACAAUAGUUAAAACCCUUAAAAGUGAGAAUGGACACCUGGAUUUGUUCCUGCGGUUCCUGCUGGGCAUCUCACUGGAGUCCAAUCAGAGACUCUUACAGGAUAUACUGACACACACAGAGAACAGCUCAGAGAGCAUCAGCAGAACCACACAGUACAUUAAAGAGAAGAUCAAAGAUGGACAUGGACUCUCCAUUGAAAGAUCCAUCAAUCUGUUCCUCUGUCUGCUGGAAGUGAAAGAUCAGACUCUGUCCAGAGAGAUUCAGGAGUUUGUGAAAUCAGACAAACACUCAGAGAGUAAACUCUCUCCUGCUCACUGCUCAACAAUCGCUUACAUGCUUCAGAUGUCAGAGGAGGUGCUGGAUGAGCUGGAUCUCAAGAAAUACAACACAUCAGAUGAUGGUAGAAGACGACUGAUUCCAGCUGUGAUCAAUUGCACAAAAGCUCUUCUUGCUGGCUGUAAUCUCACUGCUCAGGAUUGUGAAAUUGUAUCAUCAGCUCUGCAAUCCUCAAACUGUGUCCUGAGAGAGCUGGACCUGAGUAACAAUGACCUGCAGGAUUCAGGAGUGAAGGUGCUCUCUAAUGGACUAAAGAGUCCAAACUGUCCACUGGAGAUACUGAGGUUGUCUGGCUGUAUGGUGACAGAGGAAGGCUGUGGUCAUGUGUCUUCAGCUCUGAGUUCAAACCCCUCACAUCUGAGAGAGCUGGAUUUAAGCUACAGUUACCCAGGAAAAUCAGGAGUCCAGCUGCUCAACGACAAGCUGGUUGAUCCAAACUGCUCACUGCAGAUACUCAAGUAUGUGGGUUUAAUAUGA